AUGGAGGACGAAAGGUCUCUCUCGCUUCUUAAGUUAAUGGUUAAUGAAGGACUGUUACCAUCUCCAGAAGAAGAAGAGAAGAGGAAGGUUAUUAUUGACAAGCUCAAAACGAUUGUGGUAGAGUGGGCUAAGAAGGUGGCGUGGCAGCGACGGUUACCAAAAGAACAAAUUGCAGCUACAUCUGCUACUAUAUUGACUUAUGGAUCCUACGGACUUGGAGUUCAUGAUCCAGAGUCUGAUAUUGAUGCUUUAUGUGUCGGUCCUUUCUUUGCGACUAUAGCUGAGGACUUUUUUAUUGUUUUGCGCAACAUACUCAAGAGCAGGCCUGAAAUAUCAGAAAUUCAUUGUGUGAAGAACGCCAGAGUUCCUUUGAUGAGGUUUAAAUUUGAUGGGAUUUCAGUUGAUCUUCCAUACGCUCAGCUUAAAGUAUUAAAUGUUCCCAAUAAUGUGGACAUACUCAAUUUAUCCCUUUUGACUAAUAUUGACGAGACCAGUUGGAAUAGUUUGUCUGGAGUACGUGCUAAUCAACGAAUACUGCAACUUGUCCCAAAUCUGAAGAAUUUCCAAUCAAUGCUGCGAUGUCUUAAACUGUGGGGGAAAAGGCGAGGAGUGUAUGGUAAUCUAAAUGGGUUUCUAGGAGGAGUGCAUUUAGCUGUUCUAGCAGCCUUUGUUUGUCAAAAUCAUCCAAACGCCAGUGUAAUUGCUUUAAUUUCGUACUUCUUUAGUACAUAUGCUAUUUGGCCUUGGCCAACACCUGUAAUGCUGCAAGAUGGAAUGCCAUCAACUGUUGAAGAUGUGAUCGAGACUCGAUAUUACAUGCCUAUUCGUUUGCCAUGUAGUCCAUAUGAGUAUUGCCAUUCCAAUGUCACUAAAAGCACAUUCAACAAGAUCAGAGCAGAGUUUCUCAGAGGACAUGCAAUGACUAAGGAUCUUCUAAAGCUAAAGCUGGACUUUGACUUGCGGAGAAUUUUUGAGCCGUUUCCAUACUCAAUGAACUAUACACGAUUUGUCAAAAUCUACCUUUCAGCUCCCAAUCAAGAUGAGCUAGGAGACUGGGUGGGCUGGGUGAAGUCACGCUUUCGCUGUCUACUUCCUAAGCUGGAAGCCAUGCAAGGCUUUUGUGACCCCAACCCCACGGAAUAUGUUGAUAUGGAUGCAUCUGAACCAAAUGUUGUUUUCUACUGGGGACUAAAUCGCAGUAGAAGCAAUUUCAUGGAUAUAGAAUCGGUCGAGGAGGAUUUCUUGAGGAAUAUAUGCAGUGGCUAUCAUGGCAUUUGUCAAAAGAUGGAAUUAUCUAUUGUGCUAGCUUCUGAACUACCUAAGGGUGCUCAGUUAAACAGUGGGAAUGGCAAGAAAUUGAAAGCAUGCUGGAAGAUGCUUGACUACCAUCAAAGGAGGACCCCGGCGUAUUCGCAACAUCUGCCAAGCUACUUUGUUGGGUAUGUGGAAAGUAAUGGAGACACCGAGUACCCUCGUGCCGGGGGAUAA